UAUCCAUAUGUGCGGUGCAUUUUGUAGACAACAAACUACCACCGCACAACAAACGUGAAAUAUACGGGUUUUUUUUUAAGACUCUCAAACAGAAAUUCGCCGUCGGUUUAACAUACACACACAAUGGCAGAGAGGAGUACAUGUUUUCUGCUAUUCUUAGCGAUGGUUUGGUCGGUUCAAGGAAGUCUGAAACCAGGCAACAUAACAUGUUACGAAUGCAACAGAUUUCGCGGUAGUGUUUUAGAUACGUGCGCCGAAGACGGUCAGCUCAAAAGAAUAAUGAAGAACUGCUACGCAUGUUUGAAAGUGCAUACUCGAAUGGAGAUGCACGAUUACUGGAAUCGACCGAAAGUGGUCAUCUACAACUCAUUUUCCUGCGCUGUAAGGCCCACCUACGUGAAACCGGAAGGUUGUUAUCUAUCGACAGGAUCCAGAAGUCUUACCAAAGUGUGCUAUUGCUACGAUUACUUAUGCAACUCCGCCAACCUUCUUCGUAGCAACUGGGUGCCAUUGUUGCUUCUCUUUCAGCUCCUCGUUAUUCUGGCAAUAAAUCAGAUGUGGACACUCGACUAGUCGACUAAAAAUGAACAUACGCAUACAUACACACACACACACACACACACACAUGCACAUACAUGUGUGUGUGUGUGUGUGUAUAUACAUAUAUAUGUAUGUAUACACAUAUAUACAUAUGUAUGUAUGUAUAUACAUAGAUAUAUACAUACACAUGUACAUAUAAGUUUCAUACACAUGCAUACAUAUACAUAUAAGCCUCAUUAACUUAUUUCAUACCCACAUAUUCACACACACACACACACACACACACGUCUACACACACACACACACGUCUACACAGAAAUUGGUUGAUUCGAUGUUUCAUAUAUUUACUUACAUAUUCAUAUGCAUAUACACACACAUACACAUAU